AUGGAUGACCUUCUGGAACCGCCGACUUCGUCGAACGGGAUGGAAACAUCAACGUUGCCGCAGAAUCCGAACGAGUCGCUAGUCAACGAGCUACUAAACUGGGAAAUGCCAAGGCCAGUGCAAAAGGAGACGGUGUCCGAUGAUGUGGAAAUGAAAGAGGUUGAGGAUCGGAAGGGAGCGGAGAAAGCUGAGAAAGCCGGAGGAGCCGAAAGAGUAGAGGAAGGGGUUGCUACGGAAGCUGAGAAGAGCACCAAGAUAAGCGCAUUGAGAAGAAAAAAUGGAAUGAUUGAGUUAAAAAAUUCCGAAAUUGUCGAAAUGAAACGCAUCAAUGCCAUCUUGGAAAACGAAAUUCUUGACUUACCGACCGAUGGAAACCGGCUCGAAUCGCCACGUCGCCUUGACUCCACGAAGGUUAAGGAGGUUACUGAGGAGCAAAGUCGUCUGGUAAGUUGGUUGGAGAAUAUGGAUAUACAUGCGCUUGAAGACAUGGAGGAGAUAUUCCGAAAGACUGAGAGCAUCAAAAAGCAAAAAGCCACUCUAGAUGAAUUGGUCAACGCAACUGAAACUGAGAAAAACUGGUUACAGGCUCAACUCACAAAGCAGCGGCAGCAGUGGAAUGAGGACAAACUGAAGAUGAGAAUGCUAAAAUGGAAGAGCGAGUUCGGCCGUAUGAGGAGGAAGAUAAGUGGAAGGUGGGAAAUUCGCAAUCGAAUUCUUACUCGAGAAUCGACACAGGGAGACGCUUUCCCAUCUGGACCAUCAACUCGUCGACGUAUGCCAAUGGAGGACAAGUGCCAUAUGCAAGGUGAGUGUGGAAAUAGUGAAGAGUUGGGAGAGAGAAGAGAAAGGCCGCGCAUGAUGAUGGAGGAUGGUAACCUGAGUUAUGGGGCGCAUGGAGAUGAAGGGAAUAUGAAGAAGAAGUGA